GUGGGUAAUGACACACUUUUAGAAAAAGAAAUAUGGCUUCUAAAUAAGAUGUGAUGGGUCAUUUAAAAAUCAAAACAUUUAGACAUGACAAGUAAAUAUGCAUGUAAUUCUUGUCAUACGAGGCGAAAAGAAAACAUCAUUCUGUUGUUUGGACCGUAAAUUACAGUGAAAAUAUGUAGUGAUAAUUUUAUAGACCACUAACUAAAUUCGAGGAUCGUAAGUAACCCGGGAUGCUAUUGACAUCACCGGUAGAAAAACCGAUAUUUGUUUUAUGAAUGUCACUUUUGAUUUGGAUUAAAUAACAGGAAAAAAUUCAAAAUGAGUUGUGAUGUUAUGCCGACGAUUUCAGAGGACGGUUCGAACGAUGGCGAGUCGCAAUGUUCGGGUGAUGAUGCGAACUUCGAACACUUGAUGGUAAACAUGCUGGAUGAGCGAGAUAAGUUGAUGGAAAAUUUGAGAGAAACUAAAGAUACUUUGUCGUUAACCCAAGCCAAACUUCAAGAUGUUGAGAGGGAGAGAGAUGCUCUCCAAAACCAACUUAAUUCCACUACCCCUCAGCAAGAGUUUGUUUCCUUAUCGAAAGAAGUUAAUAUUUUACGGGACCAGUUACUGGAAAGAGAGGAAGAAGUAGCAGAGCUCAAGGCUGAAAGAAACAAUACCAGGUUGUUACUUGAACAUUUAGAAUGUUUAGUAUCACGACAUGAACGUUCACUGAGAAUGACUGUUGUGAAGAGACAAGCUUCCUCGCCAGCAGGUGUAUCCAGUGAAGUAGAAGUUCUCAAAGCUCUAAAAUCAUUGUUUGAACAUCACAAGGCUUUGGAUGAAAAGGUGAGAGAAAGAUUGCGAGUAGCUUUGGAAAAAGUUGCCUCCUUAGAAGAGGAACUGACAAAUGCUAACCAAGAGUUAUUUACAUUACGAGAACAGCAGAGUAAGUCAAGACAUUCUAGUGGCAGCACAGAGGAGACUAUGAAAUUGAUGAGUAAAAAUGAUCAUAAGGAUGAAGUAAAACCUGAACAUCUACCUAAGAGAUUAUCCAAUGGAUCUAUAGACCCUGAUUCUGAAGUGAAUAGAAUUAUAGAAUUACAAGACACUGUUGAAAAACAAAAUAGUGAAUUAACUGCUACACGGACUAAGUUGUUAGAAUUAACAAAUAAGUGUACAGAAUUAGAGGAAAGCUUAACUACAACUUCAAAAGAUCUCAUCAAAUCACAAGAACAAGUGGUCAAGUUACAGAGAGAUUUAAGAGAGUCAUUAGCUCAGCGAGAAGACCAAGAGGAGAGGAUUGCUACUUUAGAAAAACGUUAUCUGAACGCCCAACGGGAAUCAACAUCACUUCAUGAUCUCAAUGAUAAACUAGAGUCAGAGUUAGCUACAAAAGAGAGCCAGUUAAAAAGUACUGAGGAAAAGGUGCGAGCAACACAAGAAAAAUUAGAACUUGCCGAACAAAAAUUACAACAAUCAUUGAAAAAAGCUGAAGCAUUGCCCACAGUAGAAGCAGAACUAGCUCAAAGAUUAGAGGCAUUAACUCAGGCAGAGGAACGUCAUGGUUCAGCAGAGGAAAGAAUGCAGUUAACAGAAUCCAAACUACAUGAGAAAGAAACUGAAAUACAAAGGUGUCGACAAAGAGAAAAGAUGAAUGAAGAGCAUAAUACAAGAUUAUCACAAACUAUAGAUAAAUUAUUAUCUGAAUCUAACGAGAGGUUACAACUUCAUCUAAAAGAAAGAAUGCAGGCACUAGAAGAAAAAAAUCAACUUACUCAAGAAUUAGAAAGUGUCAAUCAAGCUCUAGAAGAAAUUCAGAAUGAAAAAGAGAGAAUGAAUGAAGAUUUAGCGCGAGCUAAAAAAGAAAUAGAUACUCUUAGGCAGCAACUUGAAUACCUGGCAAGGCCAGGAUCUGGGUAUAUGUUACAGAGUCCAAGUGAAAUAUCACGGCGGCCAAAUCGCGGCAGGGAACAAGCUCUUAAUGAUGAUCCUACAAAAGUGAAUACAUUAAAUGAACAGGAAUGGGAGAAGAUACAACAGCAGCAUGUGUUAGCUAAUGUCCAACAUGCAUUUGAUACCAGUGAUACCGAGGAAGAUAGCGAGUCCGUUCUCGGAACAUUUGACAUGUUGUCACCUAGUGGACAUACAGAUGCCCAAACCUUAGCCUGUAUGCUUCAGGAACAACUCGACGCAAUAAAUAAUGAAAUAAGAUUGAUUCAAGAAGAAAAAGAAUCGACAGAACAAAGGGCAGAGGAAUUAGAAAGCAGGGUAGGCAGUGGAAGUCUUGAUGCUAUCGCCAGCAGAUGGCGUACAUCUCCACCCCUCAGUGGUAGCUCCACCCCUACACCCAGGACGAUUUUGUCCAGAGAUUACCUACAAAAAUAUCACACUGCCCCUGCAGGAAUGUCAGCUUCACAUCUAUAUACUUAUUCCUCAUCUAGUCCACAGUUGGCUACUGCCACCACAGCUGAAUCUAUUAACCAGCAGUAUAGUCGUGAUGAUUCAGCUGUGAAUGAAGAAGCCAUGACGAUAAAGUGUGAAUCUAGUCCCCCAACUCCUCGGUCUUUACGUCUGGAGAGAAUAGCCACAGCAAUAGCUCAAACAUCUAAUCCAACAAAUGAAGAUUCGGUUUUAUCUUCAACACCAAAAUCUGUGAUAGAUACCAUGCAAGCAACAGCUAGUCCAUUUAGUUCUACCAGUAGCAGUCAAGAUUCUCUAUCCAAAAAUCAAAAGAAAAAGGGAAUUAAAAGCUCACUGGGAAGUUUCUUCAAGAAAAAAGGCAAAACGAAGGAAGGCAUAAACCGAGAAAUGACACCUGUUGGUGGAGGAUUUGGUGAAAUGGGUGAUGUAAGUGCUGGUGAUGCUUUAACACUAGGACUUGGCCAAUCAGAAUAUGAUCGACGCAAGAAAAAGAAGCAUGAAUUAUUAGAAGAAGCAAUGAAGGCUGGUACUCCAUUUGCUUUAUGGAAUGGUCCUACUGUUGUAGCAUGGUUAGAGUUAUGGGUUGGUAUGCCAGCAUGGUAUGUGGCAGCAUGUAGGGCAAAUGUUAAAAGUGGUGCAAUAAUGUCUGCAUUGUCAGACCAAGAAAUACAGAGAGAAAUUGGCAUUAGUAAUCCAUUACAUCGGUUAAAAUUACGACUAGCCAUUCAGGAAAUGGUCAGUCUCACAAGUCCAUCAGCACCUAAAACUUCCAGAACUACAUUAGCAUUUGGUGAUAUGAACCAUGAAUGGAUAGGAAAUGAAUGGUUGCCUAGUCUAGGACUACCUCAGUAUAGAAGUCACUUUAUGGAAUGUUUAGUAGAUGCAAGGAUGUUAGAUCAUUUAACAAAAAAAGAUUUACGGGGACAAUUAAAAAUGGUCGAUAGUUUUCAUAGGACAAGUUUACAAUACGGUAUAAAUUGUUUAAAAAGAUUAAAUUAUGAUAAAAAAGAAUUAGAACGGCGGAGAGAAGAAAGUGCUACAGAUUCUAAAGAUGUUUUAGUAUGGACAAAUGAACGUGUUAUAAAAUUUGUACAGUCUAUAGGUCUAAGAGAAUAUGCAAAUAAUUUAAUUGAAUCAGGAGUUCAUGGUUCGCUUGUGGCUUUAGAUGAAAGCUUUGAUCAUAAUAGUAUCGCUUUAGCUUUACAAAUUCCUAACCAAAACCCACAGGCUCGACAAAUAUUAGAAAGAGAAUUUAAUAACUUGUUAACAAUGGGAACAGAUCGACGGUUAGACGAGGGUGAAGGUGGAAAACUACGUAGAGCACCUUCUUGGAGGAAGAAAUUCCGUCAAAAAGAUAAGAGUAAAGAUAGCGGUGAUGAGGCGGAACCUGCAGAAUCUCAACAAUCACCACAGCAUCCUCGUCGUGGAAAUGACAAUUCCAUGGAACGAAGACCCAAUGAAAAUGGACGGACGUUCUCACAAUAGGACAUAAAAAAUUGAUCCGAGACCAAAAUAAUUGCUAGCAUCAUUAUUCAUUUCAAAGUCUAUGUUGUUGUCUCAGUGAGUUUAGAUAGACAAAGAUUGUUGUAUCACAACUUCCUGUACUUAAAGGGAUAGUAUGUCUCCAAAACUUAAUGAUUCACGUUUCUGUAUUCUCAUAAAAAAAUAUGAUUUAAAUUUUAUCUUUUGUAAUGCAUAAUUGUUAUAAUUGAAAAAAAAUUGUAGCUGCACUUCUACAGGUGACAAAACACAAGAUUUAAGUGAAUCAAAAGAAUUUUUUAUGAGUUUUAUUUAGUCAGUGAGGUUUUUGUUACAGAGACUAGUUUCGUGUACAUUUUUCUGAUUGCUACUUGAGGAGAGCUAAUUCUUUUGAAUAAGUUUUAAAUAUCACUUUAAUUUUUGUUAGAUUUUUUCUUUAUCUUCAAAACCCAAUUGCUGAUGAUUCUGUUCAGGUUUAAUUUCAUCAAUUUAUGAUGAUAAACUGUUUAAUAUAACCAUUGUUUAAACAAGUGGUAUGUGGUAUAUCUGUGAUAAAAACUCCAUAUUCAGGACUUAAAUCCAUAAAUAUAGAAUAAUACAUUUAUAUACAAAUCCAAUAUAAAGAUUGCCAAAAUGAUGAGAUAAGCUUUUUAUAAUCAUGAUAAUCAUAUAAAACAUUUACUUAGCCAUAAUAUGAUCCAGAUAUUAUUAUAAUUUUACUCCCACUCUAAGAGUGGGGAAUAUAUUUCAAUCACCUUGUCUGUCCAACAAAUAUUUUCGUCACGCUUUUCUCAGAAACUAAUUUUUAAAUGAAAUGACUUCAUGUUUGGUCAUAAGCUUGUGAUCUGUCAGAUACCCACUUCCUGUUUGCUGAUACUUUGAAUAUUUCAAUAUGUUGGACAAACUUAAAAAUUGUCAUCAUGUAUUUCUGUAUCGUAAUACUACUUAACAGAAUGGCUUCCUAUUUGGUCAGAAGAACCAUGAUGAGUUGUAAUAUGUGUGCUUUUCAAAUUUGUCAGACACCUACGUCCUAAUUCCCUAAUACUUUGAAUAAUAAAUGGGGGUAUGCUUAGCAUGACAAAAAGUCCUUUUAUGUUGAAACCAAAUAUGGUAAAAAAGUUCUUUGUGUGGUUCAUAUUGAGUUUUAAUACUUUGUUGGCAAUCAGUCUAACAGUAAGGCCAUCAUGGAAGGAAUUAUGUGGGAGCUUUUCUUGUGACUGUUGAACCAGUUGAAAGAAAAUAUAGCAGAAACGUUAGUUGUUAUGUAAUUAUAGAGUGUACUUAAUUUGGCACUGAUUGAACAAAAGAGGAGAGUUUACGUUACAUGGGAGCCAUUUAGGAAAAAUAUUUGGAUUGAGAACUUCUGUUCCAGUUAGUACCUAUUUUAGGUUUUCUGCAAAUAAUUGUUCUUUGGUAAGCAUAUUUAAAUUCUGAUUGCCUCAAGGGAAUGUUUUUAGCAGUUUGCUUAAAACUAUGGGCAUUAGUGAAGGCAUUGUAACAACACUAAAAUUUGCAUGAAAAGUUUGCCUUUUUUUCUUUCCAAGCUUUAUGCUUAAUUAGAUAAUUUUGAUGGUAAAUAAAUAUAUUUAGAUAAAUUCCACAGAAAUUCAAAUUGUAUCGUAAAUGGUAGUCGGGUACUUGUAAAAAGCUCUAUAAAUUACUUAAGUUCACUGAUCCUAAAUGGAAGAAACAAAUUAAAAAUGGCAUGAAACCUUAUAUUUUGGGUUGUGUCAUAAAAAAAAUGAUACUAAUAUAAGAAUGCAAGUAAAAAUUAAAACUAAAAGAAGGCUUUGGAGAACUGAUUACAUUGGGAUAUUAUCUGAGUUGAUCUUAUUAUGGCUAAGUAUUUAUUUUGAAAUGAAAGUAAGUAGUAUAUAUUCAUUUUUUCAAUCUAGUUAGUGUUGAUUUUUCAAAAUGGAAAACCUGUGAACUAAGGGUAUCUCUUUAUCAAUAUCAUGCAGGUUUCCAUAGUUAAAAAAUAUUGUAAAAUAACGGAAAAAAAUUGUAGCAAUAACCUUUUGACAGGAUUUUAUUUGUUGCAUUUAUUUCAUGUUUUAGAAGGAGACCAAGAACAAUUUAAUUGUGUAGAACACAUUUGAUAUUAAUGUACAGAUAGAAUGUAGUCAAAAAUAUGUAUGACUGCUUUUACCCAUAAUUCCAUGGUGUACAUCAUAAUCAUAUGAAUGUUUGUGAUUGUGAGUUAUUUUAUGUUUAAAUUUUGUUGAAGACCACCAGGAUUUCAAUUCAUUUGAAAUACGAGUACUAAACAAUAGAUCUGAGGUCUGUCUGUGAUCUGUGAUUUGGAUCUGUAGGACUGUUAUUUCAGUUUUACUGACUAGAGGAAGCUUAAGAUUAAUAGGGGUCAGAACUGUAAAGGGGUUCUUAAUCCAUGUUUUACGAAUUAUUAUUUGUUUAUUCAUUCAGUACCCCACUUUAAUAAAAUACAUGUAAAAGUCUUUGAUAUUUUAGCAAGGGUUGGCAAUAGGAUUACUUGUAUUAGUAAAGGUACUUUUCAUUUAGUAUUUUGGUGCUAAGACCUAAUAUGUUUUAACAUUACAUUUUGGUUGUGCCUUCCAAGGAAAGCUUGGUUGUGAUUUCAGAUGUGUUCAUUAUAAAUAUACUCACUCCAUUAUAUAAUUCAUUAUUAAAAAACUUUUUUAAGCACUAACUUAAAACUUCAACCAAUCAGACAAAUGGAUCAUGUUAAUCUUCAUAGUACCAUUAUAGACAAGAAAAUCAGUGCCAAUGUAGAUAAAACAAAAUAUUACCAAUCCUGAGAGCUGAAACUUGAACAAAACCACUAUAAUUUGAUGCCAUGAAAAAAUUUAUUUGAUGUAUGAUUAAGAUUUAUUAAAAAUGCAUUUAUAUCCCGUUUUAUAUAUUUGAUGUGGAAAGUAUCAUAUAAAGCAUUUUAAAGAAUUUUGAUCCAUUACCAAAUAUUUUUUGUUUUUAAUUGUGAUAGAUGACAUUGAUGAUUAUGAUGUGUAUCCAUGUGUAAUUGUGUGGGCUGUGUAUGUGUGUGUGUGGUACAUGCUUCAUUUUUAACGUCAUAUUUAUUUCUUACCAGAUUGUAAAUGUAAUAAACUGUAUAGCAUGUCUGAAAAUAUGCAAAUACAGUGAUUCAAACAGUA